AAGAAGAACAAGAAGAAGUUAUUUGUGGAUUAACUCAAUUUAUUUGAGAAGCGAACCGUUUCAAACGAUUCCGUUCGAUUCGAUGAACUGGUUCAACCGACUCACUGAGAAGAACCGGUUCAAUCAAACGAUUCGUUCAUGAACCGGACACCAGCGUGCGCUUGCUGUGUCUUCUGAGCUGUAGAAUUGAAAAUGCACAAGAGGACCCACACUGGAGGGAAACCUUACAUGUGUUCACACUGCGAUAGGAGAUUUGUUCAUAGAGCAACUCUGAAAACACAUGAGAGGACCCACACUGGAGAGAAACCAUACAAGUGUUCACACUGUGACAAGAGAUUCAUUCAGACAGCAACUCUGAAAACACAUGAGAGGACCCACACGGGAGAGAAACCAUACAAGUGUUCAUACUGUGACAAGACAUUCAUUUGUUUAGGACAACUGAAAACACAUGAGAGGAUCCACACUGGAGAGAAACCAUACAAGUGUUCACACUGUGACAAGACAUUCAUUUGUUUAGGACAACUGAAAACACAUGAGAGGAUCCACACUGGAGAGAAACCAUACAAGUGUUCACACUGUGACAAGACAUUCAUUUGUUUAGGACAACUGAAAACACAUGAGAGGACCCACACUGGAGAGAAACCAUACAAGUGUUCACACUGUGACAAGAGAUUCAUUCAGACAGCAACUCUGAAAACACAUGAGAGGACCCACACUGGAGAGAAACCUUACAAGUGUUCACAUUGCGACAAGAGAUUCAGUUCUUCAUCAAAUCUGAAAAAACAUGAAAGGACUCAUACUGGAGAGAAACCAUACACAUGUGAUCAAUGUGGGAAGAGCUACACUGAAUCAUCUUCUCUACAGAGACAUAAAAAUCAUAGUAAGUAG